AUGGGCAAGGAAGGUCUACGAUACGCGGCGAAAGUCUCGCUCGAUAAACCAGCAUCAGAACAGGAAUGCCUGCACAACCGCUGGCAUCCCGAAAACCCCUCCUACGGCACGAUCAAACCUGGUGAAGCCGUCAAGAUUGAAUGCGUAGAUUGGACAGGCGGUCAAAUCGGCAACAAUGACUCGGCAGAUGACAUCCGUGACGUUGACCUGACCAAAAUCCACUACUUGACUGGGCCCUUUGACAUCGAAACUGCGGAGCCUGGCGAUGUGCUGGUAGUUGAUAUCCAAGAUGUACAGCCGCUAGAAGACCAGCCAUGGGGUUUCACGGGUAUAUUUGCGAAAGAAAACGGUGGAGGGUUCCUGGAUGAGCUUUACCCGGAACCUGCAAAGGCUAUUUGGGAUUUCGAAGGCAUCUUCUGCAGCUCCCGCCACAUCCCUGGUGUGAGAUUCGCAGGUCUCAUUCACCCUGGCAUCCUAGGCUGUGCCCCCUCCGCUGAAGUCCUCGAAACCUGGAACACGCGUGAAGCCGAACUCAUCUCGACGCACACGCACCUGGACCGCAUCGUUGCACAACCACCACAGCCCCAAAACGCCCACUCCGGCUCCGCCACAGGUUCCGUGAAGGACAAAAUCGCGAAAGAAGGCGCUCGCACGAUCCCAGGACGCCCUGAACAUGGUGGAAACUGCGACAUCAAGAACCUCUCCCGCGGCUCCAAAGUUUUCCUCCCACCAAGUAAGCACUUCCCAUCCACCCCCACAAACCCUAUCCUGAACAGAGCAACCCAAACUAACACCUCUCCCUCUCUCCUCAAGGGCGACGGCGAAAUAUCCUUCUGCGGCGCCAUCGAAAUGGCAGGCGUCAUCACCAUCAAAUUCAGCGUCAUGAAGGGUGGCAUGAAGCAGCUCGACAUGAAGAGUCCCAUUUACAUCCCUGGUCCUGUGGAGCCGCAGUUUGGUCCCGGCAGGUACAUCUACUUUGAGGGGUUUAGUGUGGAUGAGAAGGGUAAACAGCAUUAUCUCGAUGCUACGGUGGCGUAUCGUCAGACUUGUUUGAGAGUGAUUGAGUAUUUGAGACGGUUUGGCUACAGCGACUACCAGAUCUAUCUCCUGCUCUCGUGUGCCCCAAUUCAAGGCCAUAUAGCUGGUAUUGUCGAUAUCCCCAACGCGUGUACAACCAUCGGACUACCGAUGGACAUCUUCGACUUUGACAUUAGUCCCCAGCUUCCAGCGGAGAAGCGCGAUCUUGGGACGUGCGCGUUUGCUGGGAAGAAGUAG